UGAAAAUUAUACGUGGUUCAGAUCUUAUACGAAAUGCAUUUCGUUUGAAUCAAAAUUCGUAUCUAUCAAUGACUACUAGGUAUGAUUUUGUUGAUUAUAUUGAUUUGAUGAUGUGUCUGCCAUUAUAAUCAUAAAUUCAUUCAUUAUUAUAUAAACAUAGUGACAUCUUUCCGGAAGGUUUGCCCAUACAGUUUUCAUUUUCAUGUACAUUCCGUGAUUUUCAAACAAAAAUUUCGAAACAAAUUUCACCAUUUAGUCUAUUGAAUAUUGAUGAUUUUAUGGGAAAUUCACAGUUUAGCUUAAAUGUUAUUCCAAAUGAUAAUUUAAUCGAACUAGAUUUUCCCGAUUCUAGAACAUUGAGAUUUAAACAUGUCAAAUUCUAUCAAAAUGAUUGGAAUAAAAUUGACAUUAGUUUUCAGCCAUCAAAUAUUUCUUUGUUUGUAAAUUGUCAUAAGCAUGAUACCCAAUCUAUAGACUUAUUUCCGGAAUUGGAUCUUGAUGGCGAUAUAACUCUUUGUAAUGCUGCUUCCAUUGACAUUCAAUCAAUGUCAUUAGAUUGCGAUGCUACCCGACCUUUACGAGAGAAAUGUGACGAAAUUAUUCGAACGCCGCCAAAAAUGGAAUAUAAAACAGUUGAAAUUGUCAAAGAAUGCUGCGAACCGACAAAAUUGGAUCGAGGAGAGAUAAAAUUACUUAUUUUUGACGUUUUAAAUGAUAAUCUUGAUUAUUUUUCCGCAUAUUUUCGGGGGAAUCCAGGAAAACCAGGCAUAGGUUUACCAGGAGAAAUUGGUCCUAAAGGUUCAAAUGGAUUACCGGGAGAGAAUGGCCGUUGUACUCAAGGUGAAAAAGGAGAACGCGGAGAAAAAGGAAAUAAAGGAGAUACCGGCUUCCCAGGAGAAAAAGUUUGUAUAAUUUUUUUUAUGUUUGAUAUUAAAUUGAAUUUUUUGAAAAAGGGAAAUGCAGGACCGCAGGGUCCCAUAGGUAUUACCGGUGCAACAAUCAUCGGACCCAAAGGUGAUAAAGGUGAUAAAGGAAUGCGAGGUAUUCAAGGACAUGCCAUUCAUGGUCCACAAGGACCACCUGGCCGAGAUGGCAUAUGCAAUAAAUGUGACCAAUUGGGUUUGGAAGGUCUACAAUUUAUGUUAUCACAAAAUCAACGUCAAAUCAAAGGACCACCGAAAAUAAUUUUUAAAAAAUUUAAUUAG